AUGGCCGACGGCAACAUCAAUCUCAACGACUUCGACCUCAGCAAGCUGAACGAGAACGACAAGGCCGAGCUGCGCCAGUUUUUCGCGAACGAGGGCCAAAAGGCUCGUAUCCAGACCACCGUUCACUCCCUAACCGACAUGUGCUUCCGGAAGUGCAUGACGGGCACGGUCCGCAGCGGAAAACUGGACAAGGGCGAGGAGGGCUGCAUGGUCAACUGCGCGAACCGCUUCAUCGACGUGAGCCAGUUGACUGUCAAACAUCUGCAGAACUUGCGCCAAGGUUAG